AUGACAGACUCCCCUGAAGCAGGACCCAGUGGCACUUCAUCAGCUGCUUCAGCUGCACCACAGUGCCCGCUCCCAAAAUCUAACUUUUACUCUGUUGAAUAUCCAGGUUAUGUCUCUCCUGGCUCAGAGCCCUCCGCCAUCCACAACCUUGGCGGUAAUGCAGCUCUCGAGACCGCGUUCAGACGGCCCGCAGGGCGCCGUGCUGCAUCCAUACUCGAGUUGCGCCUGAGGCCGGAUAACCCUUUCGCCCACCCAAUCCCUGGGGAGAUCGUGAGCACGUCUAACCUCGUGCUCAAGGUCGUCAAGCGGCGACGAAAGGCGGCACCCAUGGACGUCGAUAGCACUCCAGGGGGUGCAAGUGGGAUAGUGGGCGACUACACGGCCGAAGUAGUAGGUAUCACCCCAAAGACUGCACGUUUUCGCAACAUGGCAGAUUAUCAGUUUCAGCCGGACAUGGAAGAUCCGAUGGCCAAGCUUCGCCUUGCUAUGGAUAAAAUGGAUGUCGACGCGAUUCGCGCGUUCAGGAUGCCAGAAGAGAAAGAAGAUUAUAUUGUUCCCUCAAAUUACUCGAGAAUCUCAGGAGAUGCAGUCGACAAAUCCGUUCCAAUUGACCCGCAGCUUGCUGGGCCUUCAAUCGUGAGCGCGUCAUCUUCUACAGAGGCAGCUUCAGAGGCGUCAACAUCAUCGACGUCCGCGACACGAAGUAACCUACGCCUCUUUCCCCCACCAAUUUUCUCCCGCCAGGGACUACCUCAAAAUUACUACUUCAAAGCAAACCCGGCAUCGGUGAAGACCAGCGUCGUAGACGAAGUCACUGGUGAGGAGCGGACACGACUCGUCAACCGUCAGCGGUGGAAGGGGUACGGUCCAAGUACAAUUGCAUACAGUGACCCGAAUGUCCCUCAAGGUCCUCAUGCUAUUGCUCUUGAAAACAAAGCACGAGCUAACGAGGCACUCGUGGAGAAGAUGAAAAAGUUGUUGGAAGAGCGGCCGAUAUGGACGCGCGCUGCAUUGUACAACCAACUCACACCCGCCGAAGUGAAGGAGGUGCAUAACUCCAAGCCUAUUGUUCCUCUAGCUGGGUACGUCUUUCAGGAUGGGCCAUGGCGAGACACAAUUGUUCGCUUUGGAUAUGACCCCCGAAAACAACCAAGCUCUCGCAUAUACCAACGCGUGUAUUUCCGCAACGCCAACCACCCUAUGGAGCGAAUUUCUGUCAACGCUCGGCGUCAAGAGCCCCGUGCCUCAGUCAUGUUCAAUGGCAAUCUCGACAGUGCUUCCGACACUGACCGGCGACGGUCUCACAUCUUUGACGGGAAGACUCUUACCAAAGAGACGGCUGCCUUUCAGCUGUGCGACAUUGUCGACCCCAUGCUAAGAGAGAUGAUAGAAUCGGAGGAAGACCUCCGAGAAGAGUGCGAUGAAAGGGAUGGCUGGUAUUCUACCAUGACACUUGAGCGCAUCAAGAUAGUGUUGCGACACAAGUUCUUUGCGCUCCUCGAUGGGCAUAUAGCGACAGAUGAAGAAUGCGAAGCGCUCCUUGAUGCAGGUCCACCAACAAUGCGUCGCGCCCGCUCUCAGCGACUUAAACCGGGCAAGCACAACAUGGCCAAAGGCGCAAUGAGACCCGAGGAUGCAGCGGCGGCGCGGUUGCAAGCACAACUUGAAAGGAAUGCAAAGAGUCUGAGGGAAAGCCGGCUUGCUGCCGGACGAGGCGAGCACGAUGCUGCAUAGCAAUUAUUUUAC